UGUGUGUUUGUGGAGCUCAGCUGUUCCAAAGGCCACAAAGUUCGACGGAUGUUUUUUUGGAGCGUUGCGGAAGAACCAAAUUGUCUCGCGCCUUCGCGAAUGACGCAGAAUAAAGGAAUGCAAAAACCUUAAGUGCAGCCUCAGACUAACUAAAUAGCAACAAUAGCGCAGCUAGUUGGCAUUGUGCACUAAUUUUAACAAAGGCAGCCCCCAGCAAGAGGAACACAAGAAGGCGAGAGAGACGACUUGCAGCCCCAACGUCUAGUUAUUGGCGGAUAAAAACGCAGUUUCAAUUAUCGCAAAUAGUUGCUAAAACGCCGCACCGUAAGCUUCAGGCCAUCAUGUCCGACGCGGCCAAGUCCAACAAUAACGCGGCGGCAGCCUCUGCCUCCGAGACUGCACCUGCAACCGCCGCUGAUGAGGCAGCGCCAACCAAGGAUGCAGCAAACUCGCCGACAACACCACGUGGCGGCAACAACCACAACAACAACCACAGCAAAGGCCACAACAAAUUGAAGUCGACACAGAACAGCAGCGGAGGCGGCAGCAUAGACAAACAGUCGCCGGAUCAGGACAUCUACAUCAAUGCCGCCGAUGGACUGCCCAACCAGCAUCCCUCGCUCCCGAAGGAGGGCAUCAUAGACAGCGACACAGAGCCGGAGGUGGAUGCAGACUCGUUCGACGACCUGCCCACGUCCAUCAUCGUGACGAACAUCCACUCGGAGGUGUUUGCUAAUCCGGAGCUGAAGCACGGCAUGGAGGAGCUCUUUCGCACCUUCAGCGAAUCGGCCACGUUCCAGUGGCUGCGCAGCUUCCGCCGGCUGCGGGUUAACUACGACAACGCGAUUGCGGCGGCCAAUGCGCGGAUCAAGCUGCACCAAUACGAGUUCAACAAGAAGACGGUGAUCACCUGCUACUUUGCCCAGCCGGUGACACCCGUGAACAACAAGAACCUCCAGCCGCCGGCACCGGUCAAACAGUUCCUCAUCUCGCCGCCCGCCUCACCGCCAGCGGGCUGGGAGCCACGCGAAGAGGCCGAACCGCUGGUCAAUCACGAUCUGCUGGCGGCCCUGGCCAGCCUCACCCCGGGAGAGUCGCACGAGUUGCAUCCACAGAGCGAGGACCAGCCGGCCAUCAUAGUGCACACGGCGAUGGUGCCAGAGGGGGCUGGCGGAAUCCAGCCCAAGGCGCCCAUAGUGCAGACCAAGUGUCCGGAGAGGGCAUAAGAUCGCAGGGAGAGCAAGAGCGCGCAGCAUCUCAUCUGGAGAGAAGAUGGGAAAUUUGAUUGAAGUAUUUUUUGUAAAUAUUUUAAAUUCAAUUUGUGAUUGAUUUACACAUACAUUUAGCUACGUUCGUUCGUAUGUUUGUAUUAUUAGGCACUCCGAUUCGAUUUAGUUUCAGUUACAGUUUCAGUCCUGUCCCCCCCUUGACUUGUACACCCAAACAAACCAUCCUUUGCGUUUCCUUCAAAGUUUUAGAACCACAUCCUUUCUUUCGUUCAAAAGUUUUAGAACCCCAUCAGUUUCUUGAACAUCUUUAGAGCUUUUCGAGCAUUUAAGACAACGUUUUUGAGGAGCGUCCCCCAGUGUUUUGUGGAGGAGCCCUGCCAGCAACUGCAUCUAGAUGUCUUUUCUCUAUAUCUCUUUGCUUCGUCGUCGUCGUCGUACCUCUCUCUCUCUCUCUCGCUGUCUGUUUCUCUCAAUUUGAUUGUGUCUAUAAGAUAUAUAAUGUAUGAGGUAUAAGAUAUAUCGAUGUCCAACCGAUAUCUCCCCCACCCCCUACUCUCACUCUCUAUCUCUGUGUACCUUCUUCAGUGAUGAGAGAACAACGCCCCGAAGCCCCUAUUCUAUAUCUAUCGAGUAUAUCUAUAUCUAUAUGUAAAUGUUAAUGUAUUUUUAAGCCAGCGAAAUUUAAGCACCGAUAUCGCAUCAGAUAUCGGCCAAAGCAUACGUAUAUAUAUGUAUUUAAUUGAAAAUAUAUUCAAAUUCGAAAA